UUGAAUGAAGUUUGAGUCAAACGUCCAAGUGAACCCAGAUGUGAAAUUAGGAGUUCUUCGCACAGUAAGCUUCCCACACUUCAAGAUCAUCCAAUAAUAAAAGACCACUGUUUGUCAGCUCUCCGUUGGCAAAUAUUAAACCUCCCUAUUUUUAUGUUUUAAUUAAUAUAUGAAAAAGGGUUCAAAUCAGAAGGAGGUCGGCAUUUGAUGUCCAGAGGUAGGUCUGAAUGCACUAAUCUUGUACAUAUUACAAGAACUGACUGACAUUUCAAAGGUUCUCGGUAUUAACAGACGGGGAAGCAAAAAAAUCGUGGAAAACCCGAGACAUUUUGAAGUACGUCCUGGUAGAAAUAGAUGAACAUUUGAAGGAAAGCUACGUUGCAAUGAGUGAAACCAAAUGGAAUCAGACUUUGGAGGUGGCAUGCAAUAGAGAUUACUGUACUCAAUGUCCGACGCUCAUGGCAUGUUUGUACACCAUUGUUGGAGUGUUCUGCAUGAUAGGUAAUGGAAUGGUGCUUUAUGCAAUUUACAAAACGCCUUAUUUGCAAACAGUUUCAAACUACUUCAUAGCAUCAUUGGCCGUUGCUGACUUCUCGGUGGGAGUGUUAGUCAACCCAUUUUGGGCCGCAAGAAGUGCUCUUUCUGUCUGGCAUAACCAACACCCUUUGACUGUUAUCACAGCCUAUAUGUCCAUGCAGACCGCGGUUACUACCACGUUUAAUCUAUGCGCUGUCUCAAUCGACCGUUAUGUUGCCAUCACACGACCUUUACACUAUGAAAGAAUCCUUACGCGACGACGUUGUAAAAUAAUUAUUGCUAUCAUUUGGAUACUAUCCUUUGUUUUGCCGAUUCCUCGUCCUCUUGUUACUGAUCCUUCCAAAGUGUCGAAAAUAUGGAUGACUGGCAGUACUUUAGUCAUUCUUCUACCGUUGAUAAUCAUAACCUACUGUUACUACCAUAUCGUACGCGAGGUUAAACGACAUAUUUCAUCCAUUGCUUCGAUAAAUAAAUGGGUUUCUAGCCUUAACGAUGGCGUGGUUACCAGAAAACGAAAUACCAAAGCUGCUUGGACUGUUGCCAUAGUGAUUGGGGUGUUCCUCGUUUUAUGGUUUCCAAGUCUGAUUCUAACUUUAUUGUUGGCGUUAAAUAAGAAGGUUUGUGAUGAAGAGAAGUUGACUCGCGUGUGGUCGUUCACUGUGUUGGUUGCUUUUUUCAGCUCCGCUGUUAAUCCCUUGGUAUACACAGCUAGGAACCAGGAAUACAGGAACGCCUUUCGAUCGAUUUUUUUCAACAGAGGAACAAAACAUGAUUCCACAGUUGCUGUAAUAAGUAAUAGUAUGACUAUAAAUGAAAGAACAUUUUAAUUAGAUCUUUGAAAUAAUUAUAUGGCUUGGAACACGUACUUUUAAAUCUAGCUAAAAAAUAAAGGAAACACAUUAACUGGAUCAGUUUCAAUUUGGCUUUAAAGUACCUAUCAUGCCUACAGGAUACCUUCAUGAUUUCAAAGCCUUAUAGAAUAAUAAUGGCCUUUACUUUCUCUUUGAUAUCUCUUUUCGUUGCCGAGAUAUUCAAUACAGAAAUCACGAUAUGAUAACGUCAACCCAAUACCUUGUAAAAGUAUAUCUCUGUGAGAAUUAGCUUAAAAUGUUGGUUACAGUAGUGCGCUAUGACCACCAUUAGCUACAGUCAAAAAUUUGUUUCAAUUUUUUGUGUUUUUUCUUUUGAGAAUAAAAUAAAGUAUAUCUACUUUUUCUAUAUGACAACUAUACCAAAUCUGGUACAAAUCUGGGGUCAAAAAAAUCAAAAAAGGCCUUCUUGAUGUCAAAAUUUUGCUUCUCUCAGCGUGAACGAAUUAGCCAAUCAGCAAACAUUUUGUUCGUAGAACAAUAUUUCCUAGUUCCAGGUUUUUGGCUCAAUACAAAAACAGAUUUAACUCGAAAAUAAAGAAGAUAAAACUAAUCCGUAGAAAGAUUCACCAGAUAUCUUUUAGAAAUAGCAUAGUUCGUUGUAGAUGGAAAAUAUUUCAUUUUGUCAAGAGACAAUAGAAAAUACUUCGUUGUGACAAGCAAUGCAUCGCGCGCCUAGAUUCCUAAUCUCCCUGGCCCUGUUGCAGAAGGGUUUGAUAGUGCUGUUAUUCAAUACAUUUAUUUACUGGAUAAGAUUUAUCCUUCAGAUACCGCCGUUCAUUCUAAUAACAAAGGUAAACGGUCGGAUAUCUGAAAUCUGAGAACUUAGUUUUAUAUUUGAAUAUGAAGCAUGAACCUUUGAAUAGAAAUGUGAUUUUUCGUAUUUACCUUAUUACAUGAAAUUUUCGAGAAACUUGAAUUUCGCGAUUUUUAAAAAAUCGCGAAACUAAAGUGACGCGAAAAUAAUAAUUGACACGAAAAUUAAGUGGCCACCCAUAAUGCAUAUUUGAAUUAAUUUCAAAUUUAAUAAAUAAACAUGA